ACUAUAGAUCAUCUCAGUACAGCCAGUGAUGUCUGUGCUCAUGACCAUAACAAAGCAACAACGCCAGAGUGGCUUCCAGCCCGGUUUGAAGUUCUUGGAGGGCAGAAACGAGCUGAAGCUGCUGCGUGCGUGGGUCCUGCAUUCAUUAAUUCAGCGAAGUCUCGCGGUGUUCACGCAACUUCUCAGACAUCUUGCGUUUGUCAGACCGCUUCGAAUCUGCUACACACACGAGCAGAAACGCAGCAAGCUCGAUCGCCAUCACACCUUCACAUGCGGGGCUGAACUGAGUUUGCGCGUUCGAGACACUCAGAGAGGAUCGCGUGCGGCGUUAUUUUCGUAUUGUGCGUCAUUUCUGCAUUUCUGUGCGUUUCCACCCAGGCAAUAUGGCAACACCCGCCGCUGUAAACCCAUCGGAAAUGGGCACGGAUCUGCCAGGGCCGGUGGCCAUGCCGGGCGCUGUGGUGGGCGCGGGUCAGGUCAGGAUGGCGGGAGCCAUGCCGGGGCGAGGAGGCAAGCGGAGAUCAGCGGGGAUGGACUUUGAUGACGAGGACGGCGAGGGACCCAGCAAAUUUUCAAGGUAUGACGAUGAUCAGAUUCCCGGUGAUAAGGAGCGUUAUGCCAGAGAGAACCACAGUGAGAUUGAGCGUCGCCGGCGUAAUAAGAUGACCCUGUACAUCACAGAGCUGUCGGACAUGGUGCCCACCUGCAGCGCGCUAGCCAGGAAACCAGACAAGCUCACCAUCCUGCGCAUGGCCGUCUCACACAUGAAGUCCAUGAGGGGAACGGGGAACACGUCAACUGACGGCGCUUACAAACCCUCUUUCCUGACUGAACAGGAACUGAAGCACUUGAUUCUGGAGGCGGCUGAUGGCUUCCUGUUCGUGGUGGCGGCUGAGACGGGUCGCGUUAUCUACGUGUCCGAUUCUGUCACUCCCGUUCUGAACCAUCCGCAGUCCGAGUGGUUUGGCAGCACGCUCUUUGAGCAGGUCCAUCCGGAUGACGUGGACAAACUGAGGGAACAGCUGAGCACAUCUGAGAACUCGAUGACAGGGCGUAUUCUGGACCUGAAGACGGGGACGGUGAAGAAGGAAGGACAGCAGUCCUCUAUGAGAAUGUGUAUGGGCUCCAGACGUUCCUUCAUCUGCAGAAUGAGGUGUGGCAGUGCUCCACUGGAUCAUAUCUCACUGAAUCGGUUGUCCAGCAUGAGAAAGAGAUACAGGAAUGGUCUUGGGCCGUCUAAGGAGGGGGAGGCGCAGUACUCCGUUGUGCACUGUACCGGCUACAUCAAGGCCUGGCCACCAGCGGGCAUGACCAUUCCGGAUGAAGACACGGAAGCAGGUCAAACCAGCAAAUACUGCUUGGUUGCGAUUGGAAGACUGCAGGUGACCAGCUCACCAGUUUCCAUGGAUAUGAACGGACUCUCUGUGCCGACGGAGUUCCUUUCCCGCCACAACUCAGAUGGCAUCAUCACGUUUGUGGACCCUCGUUGCAUCAACGUGAUUGGCUAUCAACCUCAGGAUCUUCUUGGCAAAGACAUUUUGGAGUUCUGCCACCCGGAGGACCAGAGCCACCUGCGAGAGAGCUUCCAACAGGUGGUCAAGCUGAAAGGGCAGGUUCUCUCAGUCAUGUACCGCUUCCGGAUGAAGAACCGAGAGUGGAUGCUCAUCAGAACCAGCAGCUUCACCUUCCAGAACCCUUAUUCAGACGAGAUCGAGUACAUCAUCUGCACCAACACCAAUGUCAAGCAGCUUCAGCAGCAACAGCAGGCCGAGCUGGAGGUUCACCAGAGAGACGGACUGACUGCUUAUGACCUGUCACAGGUGCCGGUUGCCAGCAUCCCAGCCGGCGUUCACGAGGCGGGCAAAACCAUCGACAAAACUGAUUCGCUGUUCUCGCAGGAGAGAGACCCGCGCUUCAGCGACAUGUACACGGGCAUCUCUGGAUCUGAUAAGAAGAUGAUGGUGCCGUCCUCCACUGCUGGUGGCCAGCAGUUAUACUCUCAAGGCAGCCCGUUCCAGCCCGGACACUCCGGCAAGAGCUUCAGCUCAUCUGUGAUACACGUCCCAGGAGUCAAUGACAUCCAGUCCACAGCCGGUUCAGCUGGACAGAACCUGACCCAGAUCUCCCGGCAGAUCAACACCGGCCAGGUGUCCUGGACAGGAAGCCGACCUCCUUUCCCCGGCCAGCAGCAGAUUCCCGCUCAGUCCAGUAAGGCCCAGGCCUCACCAUUCGGCAUGGGCUCCAGUCACAGCUACCAGGCCGACCCGUCCUCUUACAGCCCUCUGUCCAGCCCCGCCACCUCCUCGCCCUCUGGAAACGCCUACUCCAACCUGGCCAAUCGCAGCACUGCUUUCGAUGUGUCGGGUGAGAGCAGCCAGAGCGGAGGGCAGUUCCAGGGCCGGCCGUCUGAGGUCUGGUCUCAGUGGCAGAGUCAACACCACAGCCAGCAGGGAGGAGACCCGCAUCCUCAUCCUCAUCCUCAGUCCAGCCAGACCGAGGUCUUCCAGGAUAUGCUGCCGAUGCCGGGAGAUCCCACUCAAGGAACAACCAAUUACAACAUCGAAGACUUUGCCGACCUCGGCAUGUUCCCGCCGUUCUCGGAGUAAUCGGAGACUCUUUUGUUUGUUUUGGUUCGGACUGCAGUAUCGUCAUCUCACAUGUGACACACGUGACGCUGCUGAAACACAUUUCUGCAUUCACACACACACUUCGCUUAAUUCCUCAUUCACAAACAAAAGAGCAAAAUAAAUAUGUGACCCUGGAGCACAAAAGCAGUCUUAAGUCGCUGGGGUAUAU